AUGAGAGCAGGCUGAGGCGUGUUGACAUGAGAAGAACCGCCCACAAUGAAGAAAUGCAGCAUGAACAGGCAGAGGAAGUGCAAGACUGACUAUGAAGAGCAUGAGGGGACAUUCCUGAAAGUAUCUGCUGAAAACACAUAUCUGGAUCAGAAUGGCAACGCUUAACAAUACUACUGUACCAACCAAUCAUAGUGACGUGUAUCGUUGUUCUUUAAAAGAAAACUUCAAGUACAUUCUCCUCCCGGUGAGUUACACUCUGGUGUUUGUGGUCGGCCUGGGGUUGAACAUCACCGCCAUGUACGUCAUCUUGUUUCGAACCAAACACUGGAAGCCCAGCACCAUCUACAUGAUCAACCUCAACGUUUGUGACACUCUUUACAUCCUCACCCUUCCGUUUCUGAUCUACUAUUACGCUGAUGAGAACGACUGGCCGUUUGGCGAGCCGAUGUGUAAACUGAUUCGCUUUCUCUUCUACACAAACCUCUACGGAAGCAUCCUCUUCCUCAGCUGCAUCAGCAUACACCGAUUUUUUGGUAUCUGUCAUCCGAUGCGCUCUUUGUCCAUGAUGGAUGCCCGUCGUGCUCGUUUGGUCUCUGCGGGAGUAUGGGCGAUCAUACUCAUCUUUCAAGCCCCGAUCCUUUAUUUCUCCAGGACGAGACAUGUGCAUGUGCAUCUAGAGCAUCAACUUCAUGAUGAAGUUGAGGUCUGUCACGACACCACCAGCAAGGAUCACUUUAAUGAAUUUCUGGUCUACAGCUCGGUGGUGAUGUUCCUGCUCUUUGUUCUACCAUUUGGGGUGGUGCUGGUCUGCAAUGGGCUGAUGGUGAGGAAACUUCAGGAACCUGGUGUUGGUGGAGGACCAAUAUCACAACACUCCAAGCAGAAGUCAGUGAAGAUGAUCAUUAUUGUCCUUCUGGCUUUCAUGUUGUGCUUCCUGCCCUUCCAUCUGAACCGCUCUAUAUACUACAUCUUCCGCUACCUGGACCAAGAGAACUGCGAUGCACUUCAGCUCUCCAACAGCGCCUACAAAGCCACGCGACCUCUGGUCAGUAUCAACAGCUGCAUCGACCCCAUCCUCUACUUCAUGGCAGGGCAGAGCUUUAGAAAAUCCAUCAACAAGAAACCAAGCAUGACAGCUGAUAAAUGCCUCUCAACCUUACUGUGAAGAUGAACAUCUUAAAAAACACACUUUUAAAGUUUACAAAACGGGGCUUUCUUGAUGCCACAGAAGAACCAUUUUUGGUUCUCAAAGAAGAAGUUUAGAGUUUCUUUUGAAGAACCAGUGUGAAGAACAUUUUAAAAAUCUAAAGAAUCUUUUGUUCAGUAGAAAGGUUUCAUGGAUGUUAAAGGUUCUAAAUGGAACCAUGGAAGCCAGUAAAGUAAUGUGACUUACUUCACAGUGAGACAAUAGAAAUCAAGCUUUGCUUCACUACAGCAUGACUGUGCAAUCAGAGACUGUAUCAUAUGUCAAUGGAAUAAUUCUAUCAUUCUUAAAGGAUUAGUCCACUUUCAAAUAAAAUGAUACCAGACGAGGAAUAAGGGUCUUAUCUAGCGAAACGAUCGGCCAUUUUUGAAAAAAAUACAACUGUAUAUGCUUUAUAAACACAAAAUAUUACCUUGAACGUACUUACGCUUUCCGUAUUCUUCAAAAAACUUGCGCUGUAUGUCAUACGCCUUCCCAAUUCUACUUACGGAACGAACGCGGCGCCAGUUCCGUUUUUUUUCCUUAAGUAG